CAAGUGGAGGCAGCCCCCGGCCCCGCCGCCGCUCGGGGUGGCCCAGGAUGAGCUCCCCCGGGACGGAGGGGGCGGGCAAGCCCCCCCAGUACCGCGUGGACCACCUGCUGAGCGCCGUGGAGAGCGAGCUGCAGGCGGGCAGCGAGAAGGGAGACCCCACGGAGCGGGAGCUGCGGGUCACGCUGGAGGACAACGACCUGUGGCUGCGCUUCAAGGAGCUCACCAACGAGAUGAUCGUCACCAAAAACGGCAGGAGGAUGUUCCCGGUGCUGAAGGUGAGCGUGUCGGGGCUGGACCCCAACGCCAUGUACUCCUUCCUGCUGGACUUCGUGGCGGCCGACGGGCACCGCUGGAAGUACGUGAACGGGGAGUGGGUGCCGGGGGGGAAGCCGGAGCCGCAGGCCCCCAGCUGCGUCUACAUCCACCCCGACUCUCCCAACUUCGGCGCCCACUGGAUGAAGGCGCCCGUCUCCUUCAGCAAAGUCAAACUCACCAACAAGCUCAACGGCGGCGGGCAGAUCAUGUUGAACUCUCUGCACAAGUACGAGCCAAGGAUCCAUAUAGUGCGAGUGGGUGGCCCACAGCGGAUGAUCACCAGCCAUUCCUUCCCGGAGACCCAGUUUAUAGCUGUGACGGCCUACCAGAACGAGGAGAUCACAGCUUUAAAAAUUAAAUACAAUCCGUUUGCAAAGGCAUUUCUUGAUGCAAAAGAAAGAAGUGAUCACAAAGACAUGAUGGAGGAAGUGGGAGACAACCAGCAGUCUGGGUAUUCGCAGUUAGGUAGCUGGCUUAUCCCUGGGACUGGGACUCUGUGCCCACCAGCCAAUCCUCACCCUCAGUUCGGAACCCCCCUGUCGCUCUCCCCUGCUCACAGCUGUGAAAGGUACUCGUCGCUGAGGAACCACCGUCCUGCCCCCUACCCCAACCCCUACACCCACAGGAACAACUCGCCAACAGCCUAUGCCGAUAACUCCUCUGCCUGCCUCUCCAUGCUGCAGUCCCACGACAACUGGUCUUCUCUAGGAGUUCCCGCACACACGACGAUGCUGCCCAUGAGUCACAGCACUGGCACAGCUACCAGCUCCAGUCAGUACCCUAACUUAUGGUCUGUGAGCAACAGCACCAUCACACCGGUGUCCCAGGCGAGCGGGAUGUCCAAUGGCCUGAGCUCCCAGUUCUUACGUGGCUCCCCGGCGCACUACACGGCCCUUCCGCACCCGGUCCCUGCCGCCUCCUCCACCUCCCCCCUGUACGACGGCGGGGCGCCCACCGACCUGCCCGACAGCCAGUACGACUCCUCCGCACACGCCAGGCUGCCAUCCACGUGGACGCCUGUCACCCCCCCUUCCAUGUAAACCCAGGCCGUCUCCUGUAAGACAGCCUUCUUAGCUACCGAAUGACUGUAAGUGCUUGAUCCUCAAGGAAGAGAAAAAGGAGACAUGAAGUGAACGGCAGACAAUUUACUGCAAAUUAUCUGCACUGCUUUGCGUAGAGCAUCUGCAUUAUACCUCUUAUAGUGAACAGUGUACCAUUGACUUCAUGUAAAGUUUACAAACCUGGUGAGCGUGCAAUUCUGAGCAGAUUCACUGCUUUUAAUCUUUUUUUUUUUUUUCCCCCCUAUUUUUAAGUUUGAUAGACCUAAGUUUUAAAACUUUGACUUAGAUUCCAAAUUUCUCAGUGUUCUGAUAUAUUUGGACCUGAAGUUUGGCAUCGUUCUUAUCUGGACAACUUUCUUGAGUAAGUUACGCCUUAUUGUUUUUCUUUUUUUUUUUUUUUUAAUGGCAAACUUAGCUAUAGUCAUGAGAAGACUUUUAUUAACUGUCUAGUUAGAAGCAUUCUGAAACAUGCACAAAUGUAGCUGAGGAGUGAAGUUUUUGGAAAACCGUGUGCACUAACACGUAUUUGCUUCCCAAAUACGUUGUGUUCUUAACUGUAUGCUUAUUUCCUUGCUGCUGAAUUUAUGUCGAGACAAUCUGCAAGAACUAUAUUUUUCCUAAUAAACUCAGUAUUAAUGUUUGGUCUAAACUGUUUUACCCAAAAGACUCCUUUUAGAGGUAAGCUUGCUGUUUGAUCAUAUAGAUUUCAAAUACCUGUCAGCUUAGCUAAAUAUUUCAUUUCAAACAGCCAGUAUCCAGGAAGGAGCUCCAUCCCAGACCUUUUUGAGCCAUUGAAAAAACAUCAUUGUUUGGUUUUUUUUAUGGUCUCUGGCUUGGGCCUUACGGGAAGGAAUUCAAUACCUGGAGAAUCAUUCUAAUUUAUUUUAUUUCAAUAAUGUACUCUGUUGAUCUCUAUUUAUUAUUUGGUAAAUUACAACUUUAUUUUCUACAUUUUAAGAUAUGUAAAUAAUCCCUCAACCUAUGGUGUACUCUCUUAAGACAAUCAUACAUGGGAUAUGUCACCCAUUGGCACAUUGAACAGUAUGGAUGUAGGUAGUUAACUUAUUGUUAAGAGGGAAAGCUCUAGUUACCAAUAAUUUGGGGGAAAAGUGCACAUAUACUAAGCUUUAAAAUACACAGAUCUCUGGACUUGCUGGAAAGAUGAGGGUCUUGAUAGAAUACUUCCUUCAGGACUGAUAUUAAGUAAUUUCAUCCAAAUUUCUGAUGCAGGCUAAGCCAAAAUAUUGGCUUAAAGUGUGCCCUUGGACAUGUCUCUCUCUCACACAGACUCCAGCGAGUACAUAUCCUGAGCAAAGUGAAUUGUUUUGCAUAAGCCAUAAUAAAUAAUUUUUACAAUGAAGUGCCUAAUAUCGUGAAGCAAAAUCCUAUAUCAGGGAAUUCCUUAAAUAACUCAUUGGUGUGUGCUCAUGUGCUACAGUGGCAGCUUUACGGCAAAAAAAGCAAAUAUCUGCCACCAUUUUGGUCUCUUUGGCACCCUAUGGGCAGGUCCCUGGACCUAGAAAGACUUUGGCAGGGCUUUUUUCCUGCAGAAGGAUUUGCGUGGAACUGUAGGCUGUGGUCUCCUGGAGGUGCUCCAGCAGGAGAUGGCACCAGAAGCAGAUGGCUGCACAACCAUGGUCUCUGUCAAUAUGUAAAUAUUGAUCUAAGUGCUCCUAUUUUAUUGUGUAAAUGAUGUAA